AGGAACAGGAUUUUUGUUCGGAUUCUCCGCUCUACCCAAAACUUUGUUUCCAUUGCGUUUAUAAUCUUUUCGUUGUACUUCUACUGCGCCUCAAAUCUCCAUCCCCCACUUGCUUCGAUCUUCGUUUGUCUUGUAAAGCAUGCGCCUGUAGUACGUGUACUAGAAGCCCAUUUCUGAUCAUGACAACCGCCAGCGCGAAGCUUUUCCUGGGCUUCCCCGUCGGUCGCGACGGCCGGCGGAAGACGCGCACACCAUUGGUCUCUACCAAUCCAGUGAAAUUUGACCCGGUGCGCGUCUCCCGCAUGCGCGGCACAACUUCAUCUUCUACAGGCUCCAAUUCUACUAGUUCGGAAGAAUACGCAGAAUGCAAAGCGAAUUGGCACAGAGACGGCUUUUUCGCGACGUGGUUUUUCUUCAGUCUGAAUGACGAAGGGAAAAAGGAACAUCAAGGUGGGGUGGGUUCAGGCACAGGAGCUGGUCCGGCGACUACCUCCACGCUGCACAGAAAUACUAAAGCACCAACCUCCCCUACCUCCGUCGCCAGUCGCAUCCAGCAGUGCCUGGAGCAGAAGCACUGCAUCCCCGGGGGGGCGUUGCAGACCCCAGUGUUGUUCGCGUAUGAGAAAUUGUUGGAUCACAUUACCCACGGCCACGCCGCGAACAACGCAGGGAUCAUGAGUCUAUCCAAGCUCUCCUUCUGGGAUCUCGCGACGCACAAGAGUCUGUGGAUGGCCAUCUCCGCGCCGAUCUUGUUGUUCUCGUCGAAUGGAGAAGUAGGGGAUCAUGCACUCGGUGCUGGGAAGAAAAAUGGUCGUGGCUGCCGUGUUGAACAAGAGGAAGACGAUGACGUACUGAAUUUCUACAGCAAGAAGAGCGGGAGCAUAAGCAUAACUAGGAACACGGGCUCCGUUUUCGGUUUGCAGGAAGCUUGUUUCGUUAUCGAACAGCACAUGACAAAUGUGAUGAAUGAGCCGAUAGACAACGCCGAGGAGGAGGAAGCACUACUGUCAAAAACAAACAACACAACCACUCUCACAUCACUUGCCAAGAACUGCAUCAGCAACACAAAUAACAAACUUCCCUCGCUGAUCGAAGGCUUAGGCACGUUGGCGUCGAGGUCAGCAACUUUGAAUUCCACUGUGAAGCCUACAGUUCCGGUGGUCGUCAACCGCCUCAAAGCCGGCCUGCGCAAAGAGGCGGUGCCGCAACAGCAGGUCUUGAAUAAAGGGACUGGUAGAACUUCUGAUGCCAACGCCUCGACAUCGUGUGCUUGUCCCACGCACUUGACAACAACGUCGGCGACCAGUUCUUUUGGGAGUCGCAGCAACCGUUGUGGAAAUAACUCUGCAGCGAACGACUCCACCUCGUGCCCUUCCUCUGAUGAUUAUGAACUGCAAAAGCAAAAGCAUCGUACUCGUUUAAAUGCAUUACAAAUUUUCUCAGCAUGAGAAGUAAGACUUGCCAUGCUGAUUUACUUUAAGAAAAAUAUUUGUAAUGCAAGACUUGCAACAUUUAUUAUACGAAUACGAUACUUAUACUUUUGCACAGGAUAGUGAUUUUAUCUGUUUCUGCUACGCCUGGUAUGCCCGCACGGCGCACGUGAAUUCGAAGGUGGUGUAUUUCCACGCCGAUGGGGUGCCCAACGACCAUGCGGGGUUGAUGGACUACUGGAUUGUCACACAAAAACGCCACAACCGCUCCAACAAGGAGCAUUUGUGUCAAUCCCUAGCACUGCAGCGGUUCUGCGAACAGGUGUUGGCGGGGGACACCACGGGGAAGAAUAUGACCUGCUCAAAUGUUACAAUCUCAAACGUUAGAAUAGAGUCUGGGUUUUGUGUUGCAUCAUGAGCAUGACAGACGCGCACAGCGUUCCACUUUCUGCAACACAAGUUUCGCCCGAUUCUAGUGCGGAUUGGGGCUCCAGAACUUUUCAUGCGCAAUCCUGUAGCUCAUCAUGGGAGUAGGAUAGCUCAUGCACUUCUUGCAUCAGAGAUUUCCAGACUCUAUUGUAAUGCUUGAGAUUGUAGUAACAGCUGAGCAGGUUAUAACGAACGUUGGUGGUUUUAGCGGGUCAUCUUCGGGCUGCUCAUCUUCACGCUAUGACAAGCUUCUCACCGCGGAGUUCAAAAUCGAGUGUAUUUUAGAAGAACAAUCGGACACGAACGACAAAACCCACCCGUUCCGGCGCCACCCAUUUUCGCACUUGGUGGAAGCGGAAAGUGGGAAGGUGGUGUUGACCGCGAAACAGUUCUACUUGUUGCAGAGGCUGUUGGUGUCUGAUAGUACCGAAGAUGCUGUAGACGAGGACUCGAACAGAGACCCCGGUGUUUUGGAGGUUUACCCCGCUGACGUGUUAAAAUUAAUCCACAUCGCGCUGGAAAAAGGCACAGCAAGCACAGGAACGCAGUCCGUGGUGACGAAGAGCUGCUCAGCAACAAGUACAGCAGCACCCACUACAGUAUCAACAUGUUUGUUCACAGAAGCCUCGACCAGUCUGAGAAAACCGAAGUCUUUGGUCCACCGACUCCGUUCCGAAAUGCAGACGGCAGCGGGGAAAAGCAACGUUGCUUCUAAAACAUCGACAAAUAGUACUAAAUCCACCGUGAUUCAGCAGGGGGGUGUGGCGAAAAACGAAUUUCUGACUGGAACCACCAGCAAUAAAGUAGACGGAGAUGAUCAUAGCGACAUGGGCAGUGACCAAUCGGAUGAGGACGAAGAGGAGGCAUCAGAAGACGCUGCGACACCAACCUCCGGAAACAUCAAGAAGGCGUCAUCUCCACCGCCAGUUUCUCGUGCGCAAACGGCGUUCGCACUUUCGCAUUCUUCUUCCGGUGCAAGUACAACAACCAGCACGACAACUGGGCGUGCUUCUUCAAGAGCAUCAUCAACCGCAAUUUCUUCGGAGCAGAAGAUGAAGCAGAAGAUUCGGCAGUACUUCAGUAUGAAUCUCGAGUUCCUCGAGAUUCUCCGCGACCACCUGAAAGCCAGUGAUAAUCCGGCUCUGAAUGAGGUUGACCACGCAAAUUUUUGGCUGCUGCACAGCCAGCACGUGAGGCAUUUUCCAACCACGACGCUGGGGGUGAUCCCCUUACCGGUAAACAAACUGCUCGAGGAUCCGUUUCAGCCUGGGUGCUCGCUUAUGGAUUGCAAAAGUGUCUGGGUCUGGAAGAUUGCAACUUGUCAUGCUAAAUCCGAAUCAUGCAAGAAUCUGUGUUGCAUGAGUGCCAAAAGCUGCCCACUUUCGACCAAAUUGGGGGGGGAGUUUCUCAUGCAGGAUAGGCAUGAAAGAGACCUCACAGACUCUGUCAUGCUAGGCCCCGCAUUCCAGACCUGCAGGGUCAUGGAAAACCUGCAUGACAAGCUCACACUCUUCCAGACCCAGACAUUUUGGCACUUGAUAGCGCUUUUCUCUUCCCCGAGCCCGACGCGGAACUUCCUGCCCGAUAGCCCGAAGAAUCGGCGGAUUUUAGAGAAGGGAGGGAAUUACAAUACGAAUAGCGGAGCGGGAGCCACUGGUCAUACAAAUACUAACCAAGACAGUACAUCAACUAGCGCUGUGAAAUACUUGAAUGACGCACGCUCGGCUCUGGUGUUCAAAACCAUAUGGAUUGCAAAAAUGUCUGGGUCUGGAAGAGUCGGGGCUUGUCAUGCACAUUUUGCAUGACCCGUGAGGUCUGUGAUGCUGUUGCUAGCAUCACAGAUUUUUUGCGAGCUUUUUGAUGCUAAUUACGCAUGAGAAAUGCCUUCUCCGCGUGCCAAGAACUGACUCCUCUUGCUGCUCAUACAACACAGAUAUUUUUAGAAUCCGCAGACGGCAUUACAUCCAGAUCCAGACAUAUUUGCAAUCCAUAAACCAUGGGCGUGUACCAUUCCUCCGUGAAACUGCACAAUAAUUCGGACAGCGACGCAAACCUAGACCGCAGCAGCAUCGACUUUCGGGUCCUGUGCGUGAAAAAGAAAUCCGUGCCGAAGGUGAUUGCCCAUUUGGUGUAUCCUGAGUAAAAACGUACCCACGCCAGAGUUAGGAUGAGGAUUUUGCAACACAAACCUAGGAGUUUUGUGAGUCACGCAUGACAAGUUGAGCUCUGCAGUGUAGUGCAGGUUAGCAAGUGCAGCCGCAUCACGAAUCCAGCUGCUCAUCCUGUUCACAGCAUCACAAAUUCCAAAACACAAUUGGAAAUGGCUCUCAUGGGGAUGCGCGUUACAAGUCUUCCUGUCUUUGCGAAUCUGCAUUACAACUCUGGCGUGGGUACGUUUUUACUCAGGAUAUGGUGCGCGUCUUGGUCACGAAGUAUCUUUGAUACUAGCUGCAUAGAAUAUCCCACAGAAAAAGACCGACAGGUCAUAUUUGUAAUGCAAAAAUAAAUACACAGGAAAAUCUGUCAUGGGCGAGGCCAUAACAUCCUGUUUAGGGCAUGUGAACCAGCACACGAAGGGAACCCUGGGACGCGAAGAGCACCUAGAAGAGACGAAAGCACACAGACCAGAGAAAAAGGCAGAGCGAACGGAGAAAAAAAGGACGGGACACUGCAGAGACGUAUGUGCUCCGCGUGACAUACAACUCAAAUGUAUGCGCGCCUGGCGUCUAGCGCGCGCGCGCGCGUUCGGGGGAGGAUUUACUGAUACUAGGCAGAACGCAACCGCCACGCGGAAAGGAUAGAGGACCCGAGACGUCGUGCGCGGGGCAACUUAGCCCGGAAAGGAUUUUUGCAAGAUUCUUGAAAAGACCGAGCGUUUUGGCACGUCUGCCAUUGCUUGCAAUGAGACGCUUCGCGCCUGGUGACUAUUUUAUUGCUUGCAGCGCGUCGCAAUGCAGAUUACCAAGCGACCGCUGAGUGUGCAUAUUCGUCGCGAGGCCCAGCACGGCCGCGGCUAGACGACACGAUCUGGCGGGACUACUAGCGGGCAACAAUAUAAAACGACGGCGCCGAGGCAUUGUAGGUUCCGUCCCGCACGGGGGCCCCAGGAAGUCCCGGGGGCCCCUUUGCGUCCGGUAGAACCAGUUUUGCAAGGGUCCGGUGGGAAAACAGCGGACCAGUAGGCGGGCAACAUAAGUAUGUGCUGCAUACGUCUAGGCAGGGUUUCUUCUAGGACAAUUAGGGGCAGGCCCCUUCGUGUCCUGACAUACAAAUAUAAUCUGGGGGUCUUAGGAAUACUGGUUCACAUGCAAUACAGAUUUUUUUGUCUAUUUAUUUUUGCAUUACAAAUAUGACCUGUCGGUCUUUUUCUGGGGGAUAUAGAAGACGGUUUACUUACUUCUUUUGUGACAGUAGAUUUAUUUUCCUCGGUGAGUGAUCUCCUGUAAGUGUAACAGUAACCUGCACACUUCUUCGAUUUCGCCGCCCCCUACGUUAUUGUUAUUUCAUGUGUCGUGAAAUACAUGCACAGCACAGGUUCUCGUACGAAGAACCAGCUGGCAAGAGCAUUUCUUCUCUGCAUUUCUGCGUUUUGAUUUCAUGUGGUAUUCUCUAUGUCUAUAAUGCGUAAAACAGGAAGUCGUGGUUUUUGUUUUUCUUGUGUCAUGAAUGAUGCUCUUACAUAGAUAAAAUGUCAGCACCUGCUGUUUCAGAUUCAGUAGUUUUCAAUCCAAAGUGUCCCCAUACACGAUGGCGUUUUUCAAUUGUUCUUUCUAGAGAUCUUGAAGAAAAUACUGGUGGAGAAUGUUUAUUCGAUCAGCUGCAGUACACGGAC